AUGGCAGACGAACAACCUCCAUCCGUUCCGUCCCGCGAGGGACUGUGGAUACUUGAUGAUACUGGAAAAAAUCUCAAAUUUCUGUCCGAAGAAGAGCUCGACCAGAAUGCUACCGAAACCACUGAUAACAUGAUACCCGGAGAGCCACCCGCAGAGGUCAUCACCAAAUACAAUUCCACCCUGACUUCCCCUCAGAAGAAGAUGCGAGAUGAGCUCCGCGACUUGGGCUGGAAGGAUGCUGCCAUUCAAAACCUAUUCACUAUCCUUGAAGAUACACAGCGGUACAACUGCGCAAAGCUACGCCAGAAGGGAUACACCGAAGCUGAAAUCCAAAGGCUCGAUGCGCUCGGCAACCAAAAUAUCUUGGACUUCUCGCAUCUCAAACGUGGACUUUCCAGCACAGCCGAUGAAGAUUAUCAACUGCAGCUGUACUUGCUGGAUGAGGUCAAGCGAAGACGUUUGGUUAUGCUUGGGGAAGAAUAG